CUAGGGAGAAGAGUGACUUCAUCUUCGACUAACACUCCAGAAACUGCGAUCUUUUUCGGUGGGAAAAAAUCGAAGAUAUGGAGUGCGCUUUAAAUCUUGUGUUAUUAUUUCUGCUUUCGCUAUGCAGUAUAGUAGUUUUAGACGCAAAACUCGAAUUGAUCUCAUCUGACAAGACACCAUGUAGGAAAAGUUCAGUGAAUUACAAUGUGACCCUCAGUAAGGGCGCCAAGGCUGGGAAGUACUACAAGAUGGUUGGAAUUAAAGAGAUGGACGGAUGCGUAAAACACUGUUGUGGAUCGAAGAGAUGCGACGUUGCUUUUAUGGUCAACAAAAAUUGUUAUUUAGUCAAGUGUCACAAUUCUGACUCAUGUGACCUCAAGAAGUCUGAUAAUCCCAAAUUUGACACGAUGCUUUCAAUGGUCUCACAAACAAAACUUAAAGAGGCUAAAGGAGAGGGUAAGGGGGAACCUGCCCUUGAAGAAAACCUUCAAGAAAAAGCUUCUGGGAUUGAAACCACGGAACCUUUCAUUGUUGAAAACCCAGAUGACGACAUGACCACAGUGACAGCUUUUGGGACUGGCAAAACCAAACGAACAAAGCGUUCUUCUGAUAUAAUCGACAUGGUGGUAGCAAUUGGUUGCGGGACGGUGGCUGUUGCAGUAGGUGUGGCUGGCGUAAUUGUGAUGACAAGACGUUUGAUUGACAACAACAAAGCGGAAACUUCAAGCUGAGGGAGAAAAAAUACUGACCUUUUUCUCGAGCUCAAAGGACUACAGUCAUCAGAAUCUUUACCUAGUUUACUGCAAUUUCUGGCCGGUAGGAAACGCAAUCCUGAGUAGAUUUCAUUUGCAAAGCUGGCCACAGGUGCUAUAAGAAAGAAAAUGGAAAAUCCAUGAUUUCCCGGAAGACUGACCUGCUGUCAGGUGACAUUUAUUUAGACGAUUUUACCGUAAACCAGCUUUCAUCAAUGUUUUUUGUGGGAUCACAUGGUCCCAGUCUGGUCAGAACGGCUUUUAAAGGGAUUAUUAGGGCCUAACAGGAGCUUUAGCACGGACCUUCUCCAAACACAAAUGGUUACCGGAAGGCGCAAAAAGCAAACUAUCUAUCGCUUUGACCUGAUGUAUUCAAUACGAAAGGUGUUGUUAAAAACGGUAAAUCUAUACUGCGCACCACGGGAAAGAGCAUUUACGUUUGAGCCAUAUUCUUGGCUGGAAAAUAUCUGGUCAUUUUGCUCUCAGGUAAUGAAAUUUGCGGGCCUUGAUUGUGCUCCUGUAAAGAGACGUUAGUGUCAAAGUGGGAAAAGAAUUGUUUUUCGCAACAAAUAUAUUUUUGUAAAGCGUAUUUAAAUUAUAUUGAUUUGUAUAAACUCCUCAAUAAGUUAGUUUCAUUCUAGAAAUAGCGCGCAACUCUCAACAUUUAUUUACUGCGCGUAAUUUUUACUGGCCAAACAAACAUUCAGCUGACUUUACAUUUAUGCCAAGAGUUACUUGGGGAUACAAAUCGAGAUUCAUAGAAGCUUUAACAAUUAAUGUGAAAGAUAAAUCGCAUUUCUUUUUCUCUUUGUAAUUCUAGGACACAACAACGUAGAUACAGCGACUUUUUAUGAAUAGAUUAUUCCAGUAAUGGUCAAAUUUAAAAUUUGAAAGGCUCCAAGAGCAGACAAGGUUUUCCAACAAGGAUUUCCUGUUUUAUACCGGACUGAAACCGGCUUUUGGCCAUGGGACAAAUCUCGUUAUCCACCAACUCUCUGAGGAAUCUGGAUCCCCCUUCCCGUUAGUGAAACCUGUGGGGUUUUUUGGUAUUUGUCUAACCCCAAAAUUCUUGCAACAAGAAGACCACGUGCUACAACUCCAUUUGAAGUAUUUUAAAUCUAUGUAUUUUGAAAGAUAUUUUCGGCUUCUCAAGGCUGUUGUGUGGCUUAACAUAUUCCUAAUCGUUCCUUUAUUAACGAAAAAAUGUACAAGCAGAUAUCAAACGAAGCUUUUUUUAUAGGUGGAGAAUAAAUAAUGAUGAAAAAUGGUAUGAUCGAUGCUUACUGAUCCACAGGCGGCCUAAGCUCCAGCUGUGAAAUGAUCAUCUUGCGAAAUACAAGUCAUGGCGUUUGUAUGAAUAUUUACGACCGCUCUAAGGGAUUAAAAAAAAUGCAGUCAAAUUCCCAAUAAAAAUACCUUACCUUA